GUUUUCUCAGCAAAAAGUAACCAACUCUGUUAAUCUAAUGCUGCGAUGAAGAGCAACGCUGGCCACUCUGCUUUGGAAAUGCUCCUGUCUCUUUAAAUAUUCUUGCAGUAAUUCCUUCAACAUGCAUAUGGCCAUAAAAAAGAGAUAAAGCUUCAAGUCAUCCACACAAACACGGGCAUUUUGAAUUAUAGAGCAGCAGCUUCCUGUAUUUUACACCUGCAGGGAGGGGAGGGAGGCUCAGCUGAGUUCACAGCACACAGCCUCGGCUGCAAGAGCAACAACAAGUUCCCCGCAUCUCUGCUUCUUUUUCUUUUUUCCUUUCCUUCUUUUCCAGUUCCUCCCUCCAUCGCUCUUACAUCUGUUGUUUCUACUAACUAAGAAUGCUAUUGCACAUGUUGUGUAUGGUGUGGGCUUCAUCUGUCAUUUUUCUGCAAGGCAGGUCUGUGCUCUGCAAAGAGAUGAAGCUCCCGAGCAGAGCAGCCAAGGCUCCCUCUCCAUCUGACUUUCUAGACAAACUGAUGGGACGCACAUCUGGCUAUGACGCCCGCAUCAGGCCGAACUUCAAAGGUCCUCCAGUCAACGUCACGUGUAACAUCUUCAUCAACAGCUUCGGAUCCAUCACUGAAACAACUAUGGACUACCGGCUCAAUGUAUUUCUGCGACAGCAGUGGAAUGACCCUCGACUGGCAUAUAAGGAGUAUCCAGAUGACUCUCUGGAUCUGGACCCUUCGAUGUUGGACUCCAUUUGGAAACCUGACCUGUUCUUUGCAAAUGAAAAGGGAGCAAACUUUCACGAGGUUACAACAGACAACAAACUGCUUCGGAUAUUCCAGAAUGGGAACGUCCUCUACAGCAUCAGGCUGACCCUUACCCUUUCCUGUCCUAUGGAUCUGAAGAACUUCCCCAUGGACAGCCAGACGUGUACGAUGCAGCUCGAAAGCUUUGGCUACACCAUGAAUGAUCUCAUUUUUGAAUGGCUGGAUGUGGGAGCGGUGCAGGUGGCUGAUGAUCUGACGCUCCCUCAGUUUGUGCUAAAAGAGGAGAAAGGCCUCGGCUACUGCACCAAGCACUACAACACAGGUAAAUUCACCUGCAUCGAGGUCAAAUUCCACCUGGAGCGUCAGAUGGGCUACUACCUGAUCCAGAUGUACAUACCGAGUCUGCUCACCGUCAUCCUGUCCUGGGUGUCCUUCUGGAUCAACAUGGAUGCAGCUCCGGCCAGAGUGGGACUGGGGAUCACUACAGUGCUCACCAUGACGACGCAGAGCUCAGGCUCCAGGGCCUCCCUGCCAAAGGUGUCCUAUGUGAAAGCCAUAGACAUUUGGAUGGCGGUGUGUCUUCUCUUCGUGUUUGCUGCACUGCUGGAGUAUGCAGCCGUUAAUUUUGUUUCACGCCAGCACAAGGAGUUCUUCAGGCUGAGGAAGAAGCUCAAAGAGCAACAGCGGCAGAGAGCUCAGGGAAGUGGUGACAGUAAGGUGAAAGGAAAAAACAUGUCAGGCAACAAUGCUCCUCAUGGGAACGUAGUCCAGCAGUGCAGUGCCUGUGCCAGGGAGGAGGAGCUGGCACAGCAGGGUUUACUCUUCCAGAGUUAUGGACUUGCCCUGGCAGCAGGGACCGCACAGGAAAUGGAUGCAACGCCGGUCUUCGCAGAUUUACCUCCUGGUUUAGGUUUCUAUGAUAUUCGCAGGCGCUUUGUGGAUCGAGCAAAAAGGAUUGAUACCAUUGCCCGAGCUGUUUUCCCCAUGAGCUUCCUCAUGUUUAAUGUCCUCUACUGGCUUACCUACAAAGUUCUACGACAUGAAGACCUUCUAGCCACGCUGUGAUGACACAACGAACGAGGACCAUAAAGACACUGGAUACCUUUAUUUCUGCUCUCUUCACUGAAACAUUUACAGGCUGAGAGUCCUCAGCUGAGCCAUGCAAGAUACAUUGUGACUGCAUGUCCAGUGUCAUUGGGACAUUCCAAGGCAUGGAAGAGUCCAUCAGUUUCUUUACAUUUUUAAUACCUCCAAAGAAAUGCACUUUGCCUCAGCACUGAUGCUUUAUACAUCACACCUCAGUGUACAGUAUGUGUGUAUAGUCAGCAUCUUUAAGGUCCAGUGUGUAACAUUUAGGGGAAUUUAGUGAC